AUGGAUGCCGCCAUUGACCUCUCUGAUGCCUCCAAGGCAUUGGACCUUGCUAAUAUUCGUUUCCAGUUGAUUCGCAUGGAAGACACAAUUACCUUCCAUAUGAUCGAACGGGUUCAAUUUCCGCUAAACAAGACCAUCUAUGCCUCCGGCGGCGUUAAGAUCCCCAACAGCGAGCUCAGUCUGCUCGACUACUUGCUCUGCGAACAAGAGCGCGUCCAGUCCCGAGUACGCCGCUACCAAUCGCCUGACGAGUACCCCUUCUUCCCAGACGUGCUCGAAGACCCGAUCCUGCAGCCGCUCGAAUACCCACACAUCCUGCACGAGAAUGAUGUUUGCGUCAACGACGUGAUCAAGGCGCGGUACAUCAAAGAAGUUCUGCCAACAGUGUGCCCCUCGUUUGGACGGGAGGACCGUGGCGAGACACAGGAGAACUAUGGCUCUGCGGCCACAUGCGACGUUGCUUGUUUGCAGGCACUGUCACGCCGCAUUCACUUUGGAAAGUUCGUUGCGGAGUCGAAGUUCCAGAAGGAUCCUGAGACUUUUGUGCGUCUGAUUAAGGCUGAGGAUAGGGCUGGAAUCGAUGCUGCUAUUACCAAUUCCGCUGUGGAGAUGAAGGUUCUUGAGCGUCUUGGUCUCAAGGCGAAGACUUAUGGCACUGAUCCUGCUUUACCUGAUCACAAUGGUCCUAAGAUUAACAUUGAUGCUGUGGUUGCUAUGUACAAGGAAUGUGUCAUCCCAUUGACCAAGAUUGUCGAGGUCGAGUACCUGAUGCAGAGACUCAAGGGCACACAAUGGGAAUAA